AUCGACACAUCACUAUAGCGCAAACAGCCAGCCACAGGUGAGGAAAUAUUAUCCGGCUUCACGCGCGCGGCACCGGGUAUCACGGGAAGGUCAACGGUUUUAUUCUCCGUUACAGACCGUAUCCUCCCGGUUAUUCAGUCUAAACAGCCUUAGACACGGGAUACGGACGUCACUUCCUAAAAUAUGCAAUUACUACGCUGAUAUUAGAUCUGGAAAGAGACCCGUGCUCGUUAUCGCUCCCACGCGCGUGUCUUCCUUUCGCGUUAAGCGCGGUGAAACAGGCAGCGAACAAACAGACAGCGAACAAACAGGCAGCGAACAAACAGGCAGGCAACACAUUCAGGACUUUUUCUGUGUCCGCCUCAUCUCCAGCUGGACCGGUCAUGUCUCAUUCACGGUCCAUACUGCUGGUGGGAGAAGGGAACUUCUCGUUUUCCGCCUCUGUGAGCCAGCUGUACUCUGAAACGGACAACAGCGUAACAGCGACCUGCCUGCAGCAUCAGGAGGAGGCACUGCGGAACGAAGGCACAGCCAGUAACAUUCAGACCAUCAAGGACUCAGGUGGAGUGGUGCUUUUCGAGGUGGACUGCAGGAAGCUGGGAGAAAAUGCCUCUCUCCAGGGCCGCGUGUUUGACCGCGUGGUGUUUAACUUCCCUCACUGUGGGAGAAAGAGCGGGGUUAAAAAGAACAGAGAACUCCUCAGGAACUUCUUCCUCAGUUGCGUUCAGGUGUUGGCCGAGGACGGGGAGGUCCACGUUUCCUUGUGCAACGGGCAGGGUGGGACACAGGCGGACCACCCGAAACGAGAGUGGCACAACAGCUGGCAGGUGGUUGCCAUGGCAGCAGAAGCACACCUGAUCCUUACUGAUGUCCGUCCUUUUGAAAGUGAGAAAUACCAGAGCUACAAGUGCACUGGAUACAGGAGCCAGGAUAAGGGCUUUCAUGUGGAGAAAGCUUUGGUCCACGUGUUCACUCGCAGCCUUCCGUACACCUCUGCUCAGAUACUUCAGCUAGAGGAGGCUGUCGAAGGGGAGAAAGUGCAGUACCACAUACCAGUCGAGCUCAGUGAUUACAUAUUCAGGGGAUUUCUUGGCUCCGGUUCUGUCCACCCUGUAAGGUUGGUGCAAGAUUUUCUUCUCAAAGGACUGCAGGAAAAGUGGUCAGUGUCCAUGAUGACAAAGACCGUUCCCUUCCUCCUCACGGCUAAACAGCUGCAGGCAUGUUGCUGUGAUGUCGACAGUACACAUUGGUACUGGAUCCACCCGUUUCAGAAGGACCUCAACUUUGACCCUCCUACUUCUACAGACAAAGAGACAUUUCUGGAUGGUCGGGGACGCACAGACACACGAGACGCUCCGUCAGCCACAUGCGUUAUCUCAGAUAAAGCAGAUAGAGUGAGGAGCAAAGGAGCAGAAAGCCUAAGGUCUGCAUGCUCUCUUGAUGUUGAUCCUGAAGGAGAAGGUGGUCUUUAUGUGCUGCGUCCAUCAUUGAUCGCUCAGAUGGAAGAGCUUCUGACUAAAAAAGAGGGGUUGAUUAAUGAUGCAGUGAGUCAUGGGGAGAAUGAGGGGAAUAAUCACAGUGUUGAAGUUGAAGGACAUAUAGCUCAGGGGUCCUGCGAGGGCAGUAAUAGUUUGACCAGCUUGUUAUUUGGCAUUAGCGGCAUAGUGUUCGGGAAUGUGCCCAUCAGUCUCUGGGCUCUGCCUUCCUUUCAUGAGCUUCUGCUCAGAGGUGUUUUCCCUUCAGAAUGUAAGCCAAUCAAAUUGAUUGGGCAAUCGCUGGAAGCACUGCUCACUCCCUACGGGGUCUCCCUGGUCACUGAACAGGGAGGUCUGCGUCUGAUGGCGCAGCCAAUGGGUGUGGUUGGAAGGGUGUUUGUAGGCAACAGUAGUGACAUUAGCCACAUCAGCAUCACUGUCUCCCUAAAUCUGGACCUCCUCGCCGUGCUCCUGUUCUCACUCCCCGACUGGCGGAUCCUGUGGUCACGUGACCCGCGAUUUUUAAAACAGUUUGCACUCCGCCCGUUGCCAGGAAAACCUUUCCAGCCAUUCUCCCUGUUCCCCGAGCACAUCAGCUUCGACAUCAGCUUCUGGACAGGGCCGACUUGGGAAGAGAGGAAGUUCCACGCCGUGGUCCGAGAGGCCAGUCACGGGACAGUGGAACAAGUUAAACUCAUUGACACGUUCUCACAUCCUGACCUGAGCCAGACCAGUUACUGCUACAGACUCACCUACCGCUCACACACACGCGCUCUGUCACACACACAAGCCCUCCAGUUUCAUCAAUGCCUGGAGUCCUUACUUACUUCUCGGUUGGAAGUCACCAUCAGGUAGCUACACUUGAAUAUCCAGGAUGGACUGGGACUGGCAUUAUAAUUACAAAACUGCUAAGCAAAUUCUAAGUAUAUAAUCUACAUAACUGUACCUGAACUGUGUGUUUACAGUAGUUGAGGCAUUGCUUGCUGUAGUGUGUCUUUGAAAUGUAAUUGGCUUUCUGUGUGUCUGUGUUUUAAUCUUCAAACAAUAAACCUGUUA